ACAAAAUCCCUCGCAUCAUUUCCACUCUCCUCCUCACUCCCUCACCGGAAACCAUUUCCCCGAUGGCCUCGAUUUCCGUUCCGGACCCUCCUAUGCUUCUCGGCAACCUCACGGCAGCUCCGGCAAUUCGGCUUCCGUGCCUUCUGCUUCCAUCCCUCCCCGGCCGGAGGCCGUCCGUCGCCACGUGUCGCGGUUUGGCGCUGCGGAGGUCCUUCGCUGUCUCCGCCGCAGCUAGCGGCACCUUUAUGGCUAAUUCGAACAAAAAUGGAGUUAUUACGGUUGGUGAUUUCAUGACGAGAAGAGAGGACUUGCAUGUGGUGAAUCCUACUACGACUGUAGAUGAAGCUAUAGAGCUACUUGUGGAAAACAGAAUCACUGGUUUUCCGGUGAUCGACGGUGACUGGAAAUUGGUCGGUCUUGUUUCAGAUUAUGACUUGUUAGCACUGGACACAAUAUCAGGUGGUGGUGGAAAAACUGACAACAGCAUGUUUCCUGAAGUUGACAGCUCUUGGAAAACAUUUAAUGAGGUACAAAAGUUGCUCAGUAAAACCAAUGGCCAGGUGGUGGGCGAUGUAAUGACACCAGCUCCAGUCGUAGUUUGUGAAACCACUAAUCUUGAGGAUGUUGCUAGGAUAUUGCUCGAGACAAAAUAUCGUCGACUUCCGGUUGUAGACGACAGUGGGAAACUGGUAGGAAUUAUUACAAGAGGGAACAUCAUAAGAGCUGCCCUUCAAAUGAAACAUGCAAGUGAAAUGAAAAUAUGACACUCAAGAGUUCCAGAUGCUACGACUUAACUUCGUACUGUUUAUGGAGCCAAUAGCUGGUCUGCGUAAUUUAUUGGUACAAUUUUGGGCAAGUAUUAGUAUAUAAACAAGCAAUAAGUGUAUGGAAUAUGAACAACAGGAGUACCCUCCAUGAUCAAACAUUUAUGUCCCUCUCCCCCAGAUACGUAAGAAGAAAAUAAUGAUGAGCAUAGAUUUGAGAUGGUCUUUAUGUUUUGGACAGGAUGUCACGACUCACGAUUGCCAUUGGUUGGUGUUGGUUCAGCUGAAGUGUAUCAGAUUAGGGCACGAUUGCCAAAUCUGCCGUACAAGUUGUUCAACUAUAAGGUUGAUUUUGCGGAUGGGGGUUGUAGACUUUCCUCAUGAUUAUGAUUUGAAAUGAUCUUUCUUUA